UUUGACGGAGGACGGAGCUAUCGUAGUUUCGUACGGUUAUUUCCCUUCUGCAGUUGUACGGUGAUUCCCCUUCUCUGUACGGGGAUUCCCCGUUUCUGGACGGUGAUUCCCAUUUCUGCACGAUCUCUGAAGAUUGUCCACCAGCUGCCUACUUCAUAUAAUGUCUCAGUGGCCCAGCCCUGACUCCCAUGCCCAAGCUUACGCAAAUCCUCGGUCGAAUGAAUCUGGAGACACUGGAUUCAGUAGCAACCCUGGGUCAAAUGAUCCUUCUACCCAGGAGUGCUUCAGCCCCAUGUCAAACGCAUCUGGAGACACUGGAGUUGGUAGCAACCCUGGAGACUUAUCAAGUGUUGGUGACAACCUUAUGUGGAAUCAGGUGCCAGUCCUGUGUAAUGCCGUUUCAAACAGCUUACAAUUUGUUGGCAAUCCUGGAUCAAACAAUUCAGUAAGCUUUGCCAACUCUGCAGUAAGCAGCGCUGUAGUAUACAUAAACACUGGACAUAGCGAUCCAGCAAGCUAUGGAAACUUUGGAGCAAACACUCCAGUAGGUCACACAGUCACGGGACAAAGCAACCCAGCAAGCAUGAGCAAUUGGUCACCGGACACUGCAGUGGCUAACACCAACAACACCGAAACAAGCAACCCAGCAAGCUAUCCCAAUUUCAAUCUGGAGACGUUGGACGUUUUAUUGGCCACCAUUGGCGUUGAAGAAUUUGCCAGUGCACCCGAGUUGACGGACAACAUGAUGCAUCCAGAGAUGCCGAGAAAUGUCACGCCGAACUUUCUUGGAUCGCAGGUUGAAAGUUACUCGCUGAUGACAGAUGUGGUAACUUUCGUUUCACCUUCAUCGAAAUAUGUAAUGCUGAACUAG